CGCGGUCGCGAGCGCGCGUGCGCUCCUCGCAACAUCCCCGGGAGCUCCGCCAGAGCGAGCGCGGGGCCGGGCGCACAGGAGUAAAAAGGAGGCGGCGGCCGCGUCUGCGAGCAACAGAUCCGGGCGACGCGAGCUGGUCUCGUCUGCUGCUGCCCUAUUUCGUUCUUUCUUUAUUUUGGAGUUUCAGAAAAAAAAAUCUUUUUAUUUUUAUUUUUUUUUUUUUAAAUUUUCGUAAAUGGCGCUGGCCCUGGGUCAGCGGGCGGUUUUCUCUGCACCAAGAUGGGAUUUGCCUUUUCCGUCGUGGGCACCCGUGGUGGCUUGAUUGUCAGUCUUCUCCGGGCAUUUUUGAGACCAGGAGCCGAGCACUGCACGUAGGCGACUCGCCCUCCGGAGCGGCUGGGCGUCUCGGAUUGGGACUCCGGGGGUAGAGUGCAGUAAAUUGCGAGCACCGCGUGCUCUCUGCAAAACCGGCGGCGAGCCGGAGGUAGGUCGCUCCCAGGGUGAAACCGCUCCCGGGCUGAGCGAGCCCGGCCCCGUGCGCAGUGCAGCCGCCCCGAGAGCGUGUCCUGUCCCCGCCGCGCCGGGAAAAUGGAGGCUGUGAUCGAGAAGGAAUGCAGCGCGCUUGGAGGCCUUUUCCAGACCAUCAUCAGCGACAUGAAGGGGAGCUAUCCGGUCUGGGAAGACUUCAUAAACAAAGCGGGAAAGCUUCAGUCCCAGCUGCGGACAACAGUAGUAGCAGCAGCUGCCUUCUUGGACGCCUUUCAGAAAGUGGCUGACAUGGCGACCAACACACGUGGCGGUACCCGGGAGAUUGGCUCAGCGCUCACCAGAAUGUGCAUGCGGCACCGGAGCAUCGAGACCAAGCUGAGGCAGUUCUCCAGUGCUUUGAUUGAUUGCCUGAUAAACCCACUGCAAGAACAAAUGGAGGAAUGGAAGAAAGUGGCCAACCAGCUAGACAAGGACCACGCAAAAGAAUAUAAGAAAGCUCGCCAAGAGAUAAAAAAGAAGUCCUCUGACACCUUGAAACUGCAGAAGAAGGCGAAAAAAGGGAGAGGUGACAUCCAGCCUCAGUUGGACAGCGCUCUCCAGGAUGUCAACGAUAAGUAUCUCCUAUUGGAAGAAACAGAAAAGCAGGCCGUGCGCAAAGCACUCAUCGAAGAGCGCGGCCGGUUCUGCGCCUUCAUCUCCAUGCUGCGGCCAGUGAUUGAGGAAGAGAUUUCCAUGUUAGGAGAGAUCACCCACCUUCAGACCAUAUCAGAGGAUCUGAAGAGCCUGACCAUGGAUCCUCACAAGCUGCCCUCCUCAAGCGAACAGGUGAUUUUGGACUUGAAAGGUUCGGACUAUAGUUGGUCCUAUCAGACGCCUCCUUCUUCUCCCAGCACAACCAUGUCCAGAAAGUCAAGUGUCUGCAGCAGCCUGAACAGCGUCAACAGCAGUGACUCCCGCUCCAGCGGCUCCCACUCCCACUCGCCCAGCUCACACUACCGGUACCGCAGCUCCAACCUGGCCCAGCAGGCCCCCGUGAGGCUGUCCAGUGUGUCCUCCCACGACUCAGGGUUCAUAUCCCAGGACGCCUUCCAGUCCAAGUCGCCCUCUCCCAUGCCACCUGAGGCUGCCAACCAGAACUCAUCCAGCUCGGCCUCCUCAGAAGCUUCGGAAACCUGCCAGUCAGUGAGCGAGUGCAGCUCCCCCACCUCAGUCAGCUCAGGCUCCACCAUGGGCGCCUGGGUGUCCACAGAGAAGUUGUCUAAUGGGUUUUCUCACUCUAGUUUAUCAAGUGAGUCCCAUGCAGGGCCCGUGGGUGCAGGCCCUUUCCCUCAUUGCCUGCCUGCCUCCCGCCUGCUCCCUCGGGUCACCUCUGUCCACCUUCCUGACUACGCUCAUUAUUACACCAUUGGGCCCGGCAUGUUCCCGUCAUCUCAGAUCCCUAGCUGGAAGGACUGGGCAAAGCCAGGACCCUAUGACCAGCCACUGGUGAACACCCUUCAGCGCCGCAAAGAGAAACGGGAGGCCGACUCCAACGGGGGAGGACCCGCCACUACAGGAGGACCGCCUGCCCCUGCCGAAGAGGCGCAGAGACCCAGGAGCAUGACCGUGUCAGCUGCCACCAGGCCUGGUGAGGAGAUGGCGGCCUGUGAGGAACUGACACUCGCCCUGUCGCGGGGCCUCCAGCUGGACAUGCAGAGGAGCAGCCGGGACUCCCUCCAGUGCUCCAGCGGCUACAGCACCCAGACCACCACCCCGUGCUGCUCCGAGGAUACCAUCCCCUCCCAAGGUACGAGGCGCCCAGCUUACCCUCCGGAUUUCCGGGCGGCUCCAGUUUCAGAUUAUGAUUAUUUCUCAGUAAGUGGUGACCAGGAGGCAGAGCAACAAGAAUUUGACAAGUCCUCCACCAUUCCGAGGAACAGUGACAUCAGCCAGUCCUACAGGCGCAUGUUCCAGGCCAAGCGUCCGGCCUCAACGGCCGGCCUUCCCACCACUCUCGGACCCGCUGCGGUCACGCCAGGGGUGGCAACCAUCCGACGGACCCCUUCCACCAAGCCUUCUGUCCGCCGAGGGACCAUGGGCGCGGGUCCUAUUCCGAUCAAGACACCAGUGAUCCCUGUCAAAACCCCGACUGUCCCAGACCUCCCUGGGGUUUUGCCAUCCCCUCCAGAUGGGCCAGAGGAGCGGGGUGAGCAUAGUCCCGAGUCCCCGUCCAUGGGGGAGGGACCCCAGGGUGUCAGCAGUAUACCCUCCUCCUUGUGGAGUGGCCAAGCGCCGACCAACCCUCCACUUCCAGGCCCAAAGCCCUGUAUAACCGAGGAGCACAGACAGGCGAUUCCAGAGAGUGAGGCUGAAGACCAGGAGAGGGACCCCCCAAGUGCCACCAUCUCCCCAGGCCUGAUUCCAGAGAGUGACCCCGCAGACCUGAGCCCAAGAGAAAGUCCUCAGGGAGAAGACAUGCUGAAUGCCAUCCGGAGGGGCGUGAAGCUGAAGAAAACGACCACCAACGACCGCUCUGCACCUCGCUUCUCUUAGGCUCUCCUAGUUCCCGGGAGACGCUGCCGGUGGGAACGAAUGGGAACGAACUCUUUCAUUAACAAAGCCUAAUUUGUCUUGAUCCAUUCCAGUCUAUAAUCAAGCAAACGAUUUUGUAGGCAAAUUCGGAAUUCUGCUCUUUUCAAAGUAUUCAACAUCUUUAGAUAAGAAUUCAAAGCAACACGCGUAAUUGACAUAACCUUGAUCUUUUAAUUUGUAAAUAUUGACGGUUUCUUUCUGCAUAUUUUAACCUUAGUCUCCCUUUUGAUUUUUCUGAAGGUGCCAAAUUCCAUUUAACUUUUUUACAGGUCUUUGUAAAAUUUUAAAAGCAUUAAAGGGGAGGGGGCGGGUUGGGUCGGGGGGAACCUUGGAGUAAUUUCACAAAGGAUUACAUACUUAAGUUCUUCUUUUUCCUUCCCUCACGCUUUUGUAGAUGCAUUGUAGUUGUCUAGUUUAGAAAGCAAAUUCAAGUUAUUUUAAUGGAUAAACACAACGGAUAAGGGGUGAAACCCUCGUUCGCAUAUACUGUGUUCUGGAGGAGAAGCGCAGGAGUAAUAUGCAGGAGCAAUAUUCAGGAGUAAAGCCUGGACUUGGUGGACUGUGUUGGGAUUGGGGGGAGGGCCGGGGGAGGGGCACACUGUCAACAUAGCCAAUCCUGUUACAUUUAAGAGUAGCCUUGUAGGUUGAAUUUCCAGUAGCUUCAUGGUUAACGCACCCGAAUAAGCCAUACUAGAUUGCAGUGUUUGUUUCUGUAAGGUUUUUUAAGGACUUCCUUUCUCCCAGCAUUCCUCUGGACUGCGCGCGCGCGCGCGCGCGCGCGCGCACACACACACACACACACACACACACACAGCACCCGCAUCCAGUCCUGCGCAUGCUGCCACCACCGGUAGACAUAGUCCCUUCCUUUACCUUCUCGUCUCUUAGACUCACUUCCACUGCAUCCAGAUACAUCCAAAGGGGUAAGGCAAUUCAGAAAACGUGCAAACAUUUUAAAACGAUAGCAGGGAAUUCUUAGAUAUAGAAAAUGCCUUCUACUGAACUGUGCCCAGCAGGCUGGGCGCGUUAAAAAGCCCAGAUAUUUUGAAGAAAAAAAAAAAAUUCAAACAGAUUUAUCAAGGGUAACCAGCUUGGAGUCUAGCAAUUUUGCCAAUGUGCUUACCAAUCUGGGGGCUUGUUUUUCUUCCCUUCCUUAAAUAAGGACAGUUGAUUGGCUUCUAAACACCGGAGCAAAGACAAUUUAUUUACUGUCAACUGUCAACUGGGAGUCUGAUUUCAAUUCAGGCAAUGUUUUUUUUUUUUUU